UCCGGGACCUCGUUCUGUUACCUCUGACCCCGUGACCCCUGACCCGCGGAGGGACGAAGAUGUCGGAGGUGGAUUUUGGAGACACGGAACUGUUCCAGCAGUUGGGAGAAAACAAACCCGUAGCGAUGCAUAUUCGUUUCAAGGAUGACGAAGAAAGUCCCGACGAGCUCCAGGAGCUCCGGGAGAGGUUGGAAGAGUGCGAACAGACGAUCACCCGCUUAAAAGCUGAGAAUCAGGAAUUGAAGAGAAAGUUAAAAAUUUUGACACAGCCAAGUGGGAUAACGGUAGACGACUCCAAGGUAGACGGCCCACUGCUGCAGAUUCUGUUUACAAACAACGUCAUCUCAAAGCAGUUCCACCAAGACAUUGAAGACUGUAUUUUCAGUCUAAUCCAGAAACACGAAGAGCAAUUGACAAGUGAUAAAGAGAGUCCCUCUUUUAAUGUUAGGCCUCAGCCAUCAAGUUUUGUUCUGGAAGAGCACCAUAAAGUGAAUACAUCCAGUACGAUAAAAAAAAUCAAGGAUGCAUUUAGCGUUGUCGGGAAUGUUCUCUAUUUCACCAGCUUCUGUCUUGACAAGCUUGGGCAGCCUCUGUUAAACGAGAAUCCCCAGCUGACAGAUGGAUGGGAGAUUCCCAAAUAUCAGCAGGUAUUUGGCACAGUUAUCUCUCUGGAUGGGCAGGAGGUGCAAAUAAAGGAAAAAAGACCCAAACCUUGCUGCUUCAAUUGUGGUUCAGAUGCUCAUCAGCUAAAGGACUGUCCAAAGCCACGGGACGUGGCCCGGAUCAGUGAGAAAAGAAAGGAGUUUUCCCAGAGCAGCAGUCAAAGUAACCAGCGCUAUCAUGUCGAAGAAGUGGAAGAAAGGUUUGGAAAAUACAAACCUGGGCGAGUGAGCGAGGAGCUGCAGGAUGCCCUUGGCAUUGAAGAGAACACCUUGCCGCCUUUCGUUUACCGCAUGCGACAGCUGGGCUACCCUCCGGGCUGGCUGAAAGAAGCGGAGAUGGAGAACUCCGGGCUGACUCUCUAUGAUGGAAAGGCGGGAAGCGAUGGAGAAAUUGAAGAAGAUGAGAACAGCCGGAACCAGCAGAUCUCCUACGAUGUGUCUAAGCUCAUAGAUUUCCCUGGGUUCAAUGUUUCUGCACCAAAACACAUUAUGGAUGAGUGGCGACAGUAUGGUUCCAUCCCAAUGCAGUCAAAUCAUUUGAAAGAGAAUUUUGCUGCUUAUCUCUCGAGUAAUUUUCCAAUGCCAACCUCAGACUCAAAGAAAAGAGUUCAUGACUGGGAUUCAUCUCCUCGGAAUCCAAAAAAGAGGAAAUCGGACAUUUCUGACAGUGUUAGGAGCUUGGAUAUGGAGGUUGAUUCAGGUUCCGAAACUCCGCGAAGCUCCAGGAGUUACAAUGACUUCCCCUUCCAGCCUCCUCUCCCACCUGGUUCCCCCGCCUUGGGUACGCCACCACCUCAGCCCUGGGGCAGCCCACCAGGCACCCCCCCGAACUUUAUCCCACCGCCGCCACCAACUCCCACUCCUCCCCCUUUGCCCAAGGGAACUCCGCCCCUGACUCCCUCCAACGGCUCCCCGGCCGUGCGCGUGCGCGGGGGCGAGGACUCCACCGACGAGGACGGCCUGACCCUGGAGGAGCUGGAGGAGCAGCAGAGGCUGAUCUGGGCGGCGCUGGAGAACACCGAGGCCAACACGAACAGCGACUCGGAGAUCUCCGCGGGCACCCCAAUCGCCACCACCUCCGCGGCCUCUUCGCCGUGCCUGACGGACGCUGAAGCGGUCGCCCAGGAGGGGGUGGAGAGGCUGGAAAGUUCGGACGCCUCCCCCGGGAACGCCGACUGCGCAAACAAGGCGGCGCCGGCUGCCGUGAGUUCAGACGUUGGCGGUGAUGAUGAUGAUGAUGACGACGCUGAUGUGAUUGAAGUCGAGAAGGAGGCACUGUGUGAGGUUGGACCUGGAGGCCCAGGCCUGGCUGCAAGUUCAGCUGUUGUGAAGCAGGAAACUAAUGUCCCAGAACACCCUGGCAGAGAGACUGAGGAGAGUGGUGAUGCCAGUGAGAAAGUGGAAUCUGUCCCCCACAGGAGUAAGUUUGCAGAAGGAAUAAUCCCCUUCGAAGACACCGCUGAAUACACUAAUGUUGCUGAAGCCACUGGCGUCUACCUCAGGAUAAGAGACUUGUUGAAAGGUUCCCCUCGAAACCAAAGCAGAAAUAAAAAGUGAUAUCAUCUGGAGCAGACAGGCCAACAGAAGUGGUAUAAACCUAGGAAUUUGUUAAAGGUUUUUUUUUUUUACAGUUUUUAAGUCUGCGUUGUCCCAGCUGCAUUAAGGUUGCAGUUUUAAUGAAUGUGAGGAAAGAAAAGUCUUUUUUUUUUGCGUAGUUCAUUUUAAUUUUUUGUUUUUUUGUAAAAAAAAAUAACCCCCUGUAAGUGUAAAUGGGUGGAUCAAGGCAUGUACAAAAAAAAUGUAAAUGAUGAUGUUAGAAACAGAUUGAUAAUGGACUGAUGGUGCUUGUUUUAUCAUGGGAGUCAUGUGACAUUCUUUGAGUCUGGUAAUGUUCUGUUUUAAACUAAUUUUUUAAAAGAGGUUUCCAGUCCUACUUUCCAGUAAAAUUCAGUCUUUCAGGGAUUUUGAGGAUACAGAAUAUUUCAGGUAUUUUUUAAAAAUGGUCAGUUUUUAAUGACCUUUGUGACUUUUGUAAUCCAUAUUUAAAAUGAAAAAAACAACAACCAGUCUACAGUGUUUAGUAAACUUUUUAUUAAAUUACUCAAAACAUGUUCAAGUAAAAUUCAAAUUUUAACGUGAUUGGAUUGCUGCUGUUUCCUUCUUUGUACCAAGUAAUGAUAAAAUGGAUACAAUAUGCAAUUAAGUGCUGAGAACGUUGUCACACAAAAAAAAACACUAGACUUUCUUAAAAUAUAAUUUGUAAAUUUUAGCUCAGCGAGUCUCUAAGCAAUAUAUCAUUAGUUUUCAGUUUACAGUACUGUAGAGGGCGGUAUUUACUAAUCCAGAACAACACAAUAAAGAAGUGGCAUUUAGGGGCAGGCGGAGGAAUGCUUUCAAUAUAGGAUUCCAGAUUCUUACCGAUGAGAGAAGUCUUUAAACACAAUACAGAGGUUUUCACUGUUAAAAUUAUUGUAUGUGACUUGACUAAGCAUUUUGGUGUUAAUUCAGUUUAUCAACAUGCUGUAAAAGAAACGUAGGCAGUAAAAGAAACUGUUACGUCUUGGUAGAACUAAUGAUCUCAAAACGUAGAGAAAUGUUAUCCUUUAAAAAAGGUUAGUAUUAAAGCAACACGUGGCAUUACGUUAUUUUUGCUGUCUAAUGCAAUCUUGGAAAUAUAAAAAAACACUGUAAUAUUCUGUAAGAAUAGUUUAUACUGCAUGCAUAAUUAAACAGUUUUUAAUUUGUCCUGCAGUCCUCCUGCACGUUAUUUCCUCUUGUUCUGUGCUAUGGAUGUACACACAUGAUAAACGUUAUGGUGUGACAUUACUCUUAAAUAUAUAAGCGAGAAUAUAGCAGGGAAUGCUUUCUCGUUAGUUCAAGCCAUUACCUUGUUCUAGGUUUACUUGAAUUAAGCGUACUGUACGUUUUUGUUACUGAUUUACUGAUUAGUUACGAUGAGGAAUUGAGACUGUACUGACAGCAAGUUCUUCCGGUGGAAGCAGACAAAUGACCUGCCAGGUGGUCUCCAUGGAGACGGCGGGGAGAAAAAGACAUGGCCGCCUGUCCUCACCGCCGUGUCAGAGCGGGGGUUUAGGCAAUCUGGAGUAGGUUGCGUUAUGCUUUGCCUGUCUUUUCCUCGGCUUUUGACAUUUCUCUUGCUUACGAGACGAUGACAGAACCGACCGACACCGAAGAAGUCAAAUAAUUUUUUUU